GGCCUGCGGCAAUCUCCCCGCUAGAGACCAGGCUAGACCUGUGAGAAUCCGAACCUGCACCGGAGCGCGAGCGCCAACCUGCUGCAGAGUACUCAGCAUGCUGCGCUUCCUGGUGCCCCGGCUCUUUUGCCUGCGCCGUCUGGCCACCCCAUACUCCUCAGCAGCAGCCCUCCCCAGCCCCAUCCUGAACCCUGACAUCCGCUACAACCAGCUGUUCAUCAACAAUGAGUGGCAAGAUGCGGCCAGCAAGAAGACCUUCCCAACAGUCAACCCUGCCACGGGGGAGGUCAUCGGCCACGUGGCUGAAGGGGACCGGGCUGACGUGGAUCGGGCAGUGAAAGCAGCCCGGGAGGCCUUCCAGCUGGGGUCUCCAUGGCGCCGGAUGGAUGCCUCAGAGCGGGGCCGGCUGCUGACCCGCCUGGCUGACCUAGUGGAGCGGGAUCGUGUCUACUUGGCCUCACUGGAGACCCUGGACAAUGGGAAGCCUUUCCAGGAGUCUUAUUUCUUGGACCUGGAUGAGGUCAUCAAGGUAUACCGGUACUUUGCUGGCUGGGCUGACAAGUGGCAUGGCAAGACCAUCCCCAUGGAUGGCGAGCAUUUCUGCUUCACCCGGCACGAGCCUAUUGGCGUCUGUGGCCAGAUAAUCCCGUGGAACUUCCCCUUGGUCAUGCAGGGCUGGAAGCUGGCCCCGGCACUUGCCACGGGCAACACUGUGGUCAUGAAGGUGGCAGAGCAGACCCCCCUUUCUGCCCUGUACUUGGCCUCCCUCGUCAAAGAGGCGGGCUUUCCCCCUGGGGUGGUAAACGUCGUCACAGGCUAUGGCCCAACAGCAGGAGCGGCCAUUGCCCAUCACAUGGAUAUCGACAAAGUUGCCUUCACUGGCUCCACCGAGGUGGGCCACCUGAUCCAGAAGGCGGCCGGCGAUUCCAACCUCAAGAGAGUCACCCUGGAGCUGGGUGGGAAGAGCCCGAGCAUUGUGUUGGCCGAUGCCGACAUGGACCACGCCGUGGAGCAGUGCCACGAAGCCCUGUUCUUCAACAUGGGUCAGUGCUGCUGUGCCGGUUCCCGGACCUUCGUUGAAGAAUCCAUCUAUGAUGAGUUUCUCGAGAGAACUGUGGAAAAAGCUAAGCAGAGGAAAGUUGGGAACCCCUUUGAGCUGGACACCCAGCAGGGGCCCCAGGUGGACAAGGAACAGUUUGAACGAAUCCUGGGCUACAUCCAGCUUGGCCAGAAGGAGGGGGCAAAACUUCUGUGCGGUGGGGAGCGUUUUGGAGAGCGAGGCUUCUUCAUCAAGCCCACGGUCUUUGGUGGUGUGCAGGAUGACAUGAGGAUUGCCAAGGAAGAGAUCUUCGGGCCUGUGCAGCCUCUGUUCAAGUUCAGGAAGGUGGAGGAGGUGGUGGAGAGGGCCAACAGCACCAGGUACGGCUUGGCUGCUGCUGUGUUCACCCGGGACCUGGACAAAGCCAUGUACUUCACACAGGCGCUCCAAGCUGGGACGGUGUGGGUAAACACCUACAACGUUGUCACCUGCCACACGCCAUUUGGAGGCUUUAAGGAAUCUGGCAAUGGGAGGGAGCUGGGGGAGGAUGGGCUUAAGGCCUACACAGAGGUGAAGACAGUCACCAUCAAGGUUCCUCAGAAGAACUCGUAAGAACGGCUGCCAGGGAGCGCCAACUCUAGUCCCAGGAUGCCAAAACCACCUACCAGUGGUUGCCAAACAGUUUUUUAGCCACGGACCCCCUUUAUUUGUUCCAGAUGAACACUUAGAGGAACCUCAACAAAUAAAGCAAUUAAAAUGAGAGCUGCUCUAGUUAAAGCAGGGAUGGGGGCUGGGCUCAGAGCCCUGUCCACCUGCACUCCAGCCCCCUUGGUGGCCCUGUGUUACUUCCAUGAAACCUUAGGAGUCUCUGAAAGACAGAUUAAGAAACACUGAUCCAGACCAUGGCUCUCAGUUCUUCUUACUGAUCCAAGGACUUCCCGGUGGAUUAACUGAUGUCUUAGUGGGUAGACUCAUCUCAGACAUGGGAUUGGAAGGCAUUAGGAGUUUUAAGCUAGACCCCAUAAUCUUGGCCCCCUUCUUCAGUGACGUACCCUAAAAAUCAAGGCUGCUUUUCUUUUUCUAAGUACCAGUUGCUGACUGGUUUGCUUGCUUGCAUUGCUUCAUUUUGCUACUGAUUGUCCUUAAUUUGAGGGAAGAGGUAGACAGAAAAUGCAUUUAUAUAACCAUUCACUUAAAAUAAGCUCAAACAGGGGCUUCCUUGGUGCCGCUGUGGUUGAGAGUCUGCCUGCCGAUGCAGGGGACACGGGUUCGAGCCCUGGUCUGGGAAGAUCCCACAUGCCGUGGAGCAACUAAGCCCGUGUGCCACAACUACUGAGCCUGCGCGUCUGGAGCCUGUGCUCCGCAACAAGAGAGGCCGCAAUAGUGAGAGGCCUGUGCACUGCGAUGAAGAGUGGCCCCAGCUUGCCGCAACUAGAGAAAGCCCUCGCACAGAAACAAAGACCCAACACAGCCAUAAAUAAAUAAAUUAAUAAAAAAUAAAUAAAAUAAGCUCAAACAGCUCUAAUGUCCAUCAACUAAUGAGUGGAUAAACAAAAUGUUUCUAUGGAAUAUUUCUUAUACUGUUCAGCCUUAAAAAGGAAAGAAGUACUGACACAUGCUACAACGUGGGUGAACCUUGAAAGCAUUAUGCUAAGUGAAAGAAACCAGACGUACAAGGCCACAUAUUGUAUGAUUCCAUUUAUAUGAAAUAUCCAGAAUAAGCAAGUCCAUAGAGACAGAAAGUAUACUAGUGGUUGCCAGGGGCUGGGGGAGGAGGGAAUGGGGAAUAGCUGCUAAUGGCUAUAGGAUUUCUUUUGGGGAGGUUUUGAAAUGUUCUGGAGUUAGUGUUGAUGGUUGUACAACUUUGUGAAUAUACCAAAACGCGCUGAAUUACAUACUUUA